AUAAAACAUUUGAGGAUGUCAUCUUGGGCUUUGGGAAACAUUUUUCAAAAAAGUUUCUGACAUUUUAAGGAUCAAACAAGAUAUUAAACAAUAAUCAGUGAUGAAAAUAAUCGUUAGUUGCAGCCCUAUAUGUGUCAGCUGAGAAAUAACAAUAAAUUGCAGCACAGAAAUGUCAAAGGUGUUUGAGGUUAUUUACAAACGUCACAUAGUUUGUCCAUCAAAGAGCACUGAUAAAAUGUGCCACUAUGUACAUAUGUGUACAUAUAUUGAUCGAAAUUCGAGGGCAAAGCUAUUCUGCUAAUGGAUCAAUUACAGCUCAAAAUUCACAAAAAGGUAGACAUUCACUAAACUACCUGUAUAGUCAGAAUGUGUAUUAAAACUGUUGAAGCUGGCAGGUGAUCAGCAUAAUCAUGUAGUCCUUGACAGGUCAAUUAUCUGACAUAAAACAUUAUGCAGCCUCGAGUCUUGAUACAAACUGAGUCACCUUUACAUAUGAAUUGUUGAUUAAUCAGACAGGAGCACUUUAAAGAAGGAAAUGUGCGUCAUUGUAAUUGCAGCUUUAAAUUUAGAAGUACCUUUCACAAAAUAAUAAUGGUAAUUUUCUGUUUCCUGUUACUCAAUAGCUGUUAUUAUUGAACAAACCUGAAACCUAUUCUAUAACAAAUCUACAGUACCAUAAAAAGGACUAUGAAACAUUCAAACACAUUAUCAUUUAAAUGCAGAGCACUCAAAAGUAGGUAGAAAAUUUGAAUAGAGAACAGAUAAAGAGCCUUGUGAUAAAAACUGAUUAUUACUAUUACUAUUAUUCUGCUCACAUCCGUUGAACCCUGACUGGCACUUAAAGUUUGAAUCUUACAGAAUGAAACUAAAUCUCUGUAUUUUGUACUCUGUCUCAAGAAUCCUUUUUUUUUUCUGGUGUUUUUAUUGGUGAUUAUAUUUUUAAAAUAUUUUUCUGUACAGUAAUGCAUACAAAUAUACCCAGCCCACUUACUGCACUGCAUGCAUUUUUGAAUCACUACAAACUAAAAUAAAGAAUACCUAUUCACCUACCUUACAUGGAUCUUCCUUCAUGUUUACAUAAAUUACUAAUAAAGCUUUUGUAUUUGUAACCUACAAGAGAAAUAUUAGGAAAGACAAAUUGUCAAGUCAGUUUUUAUUUGUAUAGCUCAAUAUCACAAUCUUUACAAUCUUUAUAGCGUACAACAUCCUUUGUCUUUAGACCAUCAAUUUGAAUAAGGAAGAACUCCCUAAAAACCCUUUUUAACUGGGAAGAAAAUGGAAGAAAGCUCAGGAAGAGCAACAGAGAAGUGAUGGACCAAGACAGUAUAGUACAGAAUACAGAAUAGAUAUACAGAAUAGACCAAGAUAGCACAAUCACAGAAAUACAGCACAUUAAAUGCAUGCAAAUGUAUUAAAUGAAGUAGUCCACUUUGUAUUUUUCUCCAAAUUUUUGAGAUCAAAAUCAAGCAACCUUUUUCAAUUUUUGAGCAUCUGUUCACCAGAAUAUUUCAAGGGUUUGUCGAGCCAAUACCUGAAAACUACUUAAUUCAUGCUAGAUAUGACCAAUAACUAUAUACUUAAGUUUUCCACAAUGUGGGAAAAUUGUCUUUGGCUUCACCAUACAGUGUUAAAAACAACAAAAGCCACUUCAUCAAUAAAGAACAAUUAAAAAAGAAAAAAUACAGUUAUAAAAAAUAAUUUAAAAUACAGCCAUACAGCUGAGUAAGUAACAUUGCAGCCACAGUGAAGUUUGAAGAAAUCCGAAUAGAAGUUGUAUCAGACACAGUGUUGGUUCUACCUGCCAAGAUAGCAAGUGACAAUAAGUUAAUUAUUGAGAGCACUUAAAUGUAAUUUAUUAGCUUGCAUUUUCCAAGAUGGCUGUUUUUGUUUUCUUAUUUCCAUAUAGAUGUCUAACAACAAUAUGUCCGUCUAAAUUCUUAGUUUUAUUAUCCUAUGUAGCUAUAAAUGAAUUAUUUAAACAUACAAUCAUUCAAGAGUAGUUGAAAUGUGAGUGUGAAAACUCUGUCGUUCUGUGAAUGGGUUACAGGGGCUUUAUUAACUCAUCCUAUCUGCUCUACCAUGAAGAUAUCCGGUUUGUGUUGAACUUGCAGACCCCUGUGAAUGGGUAUGCUCCACUUUCAUGUCCAUGGUCUCUGUCAGCCAUGAGCUGAUGCCAUUACAGCUCCUGGUGUGUUCAAUCAAGGAGACCAUGACCACGUGAACGCUCAAACCAAUUAUGGCCCCUGGCAGCAGCUUACGAUCAGGCUCAUCUUGUGUAGAGGGAUUUCUGCAAAUUGGAUCAGGCCUCUUACAGGGGCUUAGCAUGACGUACUGCAACUUUGAGUUUAAUCAUGAGGAUCCUCGGCAAUCCUCCACCUCUCCAGGACGACCGAACAUCACGAUUAGCCUCACCUGUGUGUUCAGGAAGAAAAAUUGGUAGAAGUUGGGAAAAAUACAGCCUUAUGAGAUUGGAAGUUUCUGGCACAAUGGGAGAGGAGAGAGCUUUGAAGAAAUAACACUCCUGUGCUCCUCCAGGGUCCUUCUGGCUCCUUCAUUUCUGCUGUUUUGCUGUGGGAUGGAUUACAGCCUGAGCUGAAUCUCCUGUCCUGUUGGACAAACUAGAGGAGACCCUGACAACAGAGAGACAAGGAAACAGGAACUGGGACUGUAGCUUGGAGCAUUACCCAAACUAAGGGGCAAUCAAGAAAUCUUGGAGCUCCUGCUGCUUUAGGUUAUCAUUUGGCUCUCUUCUUUACAGGCAAGGACACAUCUCAGAUUGAACAAUGGCUUUGAUGAAGGUCAAGUUUGAUCUGAAAAAGCGAGUGAAGCUCGCUCAGACAGUCUGGUUCAUGUACUGGUUCGCUGUAAUGGCCGGCGUGCUGGUCUUCAGCAUGGGCCUGUUCUUUAAGAUCGAGCUGCGGAAGCGCUCAGAACUUAUGGACAACAACGAGAGCCACUUCUUGCCCAACUUGCUCAUAUUUAUGGGUCUAUUAGCCUGUGGCAUCAACGCCUUCGGAGGCAAAGUCUGCUACGACUCUCUGGACCCUGCAAAGUUUGCAAAGUGGAAGCCCAUGUUGAAGACCUUCUUGAUGUUCUGCGUGGGAUUCAACGUCCUGCUUGUCGUGACGGCCCUGCUGUGUUUCUUGAUGAGGAUCCCUCUGCAGUUCACCCUGGCUGAGGGUUUGAGGAACGGCAUGAAGUUCUACAAGGACACGGACACACCGGGACGCUGCUACAUGAAGAGGACCCUGGACCUGAUGCAGAUGGAGUUUCGUUGCUGCGGAAAUGACAACUACAGGGAUUGGUUUGAGAUUCAGUGGGUUAGCAACCGCUACCUGGACUUCAGCGCAAAGGAAGUCAAAGACCGCAUCGGGAGCAACGUGGACGGCCAGUAUCUGAUGGAUGGAGUCCCGUUCAGCUGCUGUAACCCAAGCUCCCCAAGACCCUGCAUCCAGCAACAGAUGACCAACAACACCGCCCACUACAGCUAUGACCACUACACUGAGGAGCUCAACGUGUGGAAGCGUGGCUGCCGUGAUGCCAUGCUGUCCUACUAUGGAGGCAUGAUGAACACCAUUGGAGCCAUGGUGCUGCUGGUCACUAUUGUGGAGAUUGCAGUGACCGUGGGCCUGCAGUAUGUGGACAGCUCCCUGUCCACCCUGGCUAACCCAGACGACCCGGAGAGCGAGAGCGAGGGCUGGAUCCUGGAGAAGACAGUGAAGGAGACGUUCACCGACAUCAUGGCUAAAAUGAAGGCCAUGGGCAAAGGCACCAAGGUGGAGGAGGGGGAUGAGGCAGCAGUUGCAACGGUGAGCUGAGAUAACCCCUCCUGCAAAAACUGACACCACUCCCACCUGAUGAGGAGGACGGGGACGUGUGAGAUUUUUUCUACCAACAUUUAUUAUGUAGAUAACAACCUUCACACACAUAUUUGGCUACGAACUCCUUUUAAAUGGACUCCUUACAAAUGGACUCCUUGCAUAAAUAAUACUGUAUAUUUAAACAUAGAGAGAGAUAAUGAGAAGAAUGAGUUAUUGGUUAUGGUUUUUCAUUUUGGUUUCCCCCAACCAAACAAAUCCAUCUCAAGCUCCAACUCUGCGUCGCAAAUUUACUGUUUUGGUUUCCAACACUCUGUGGAUUUGGAUCGUUCUUAUUUCCAUAAAAUGUGCACAAUGAUAAGUCAAACAAAUGUGAUAUGUAUUGAUAAAUGUCAGAUGCUUUGCAUUCACAAAUAAGUAUGUAAUUUUUCCUUUAUAGUGUUGUCAGAUAGUUUGGCGGGGAGAGCAGGCACUUAGGAUGGGGAUGGUGGUUGCUAUGCAACCCCCCCUCUCAUGGAAAUCAGAGGUACAGAUGGGAGAUAUUUACAGGCCAAGAAAAGCAGCGUUUUAUUUUUGUUGACCUAUCUAUAGACUUUGGCUUGUAGCUGAUACUGUAUGUAGGGAAAAAAAACAAAUUAAAGCCCACACCCACCUGUUUUU